AUGAACGACACCGAUCGCGCUAUCGAUGAGGUCUAUCGCAAGAUAGAGCGCGAGAAGGCUCUCAUUAAUGCCGCGAGUCACAUGCGCACGUCCACUAAUAAUGCCACUGUCCAAGCUCGUGUCGACAGCAAUAUCCGGGACUCCCGUCGAAACAUUGGAUAUCUGGAGGAAAAGCUACAAGAACUACAGCUGCGGAAGAUCGGCAGGUCUGACGAUGGUGGUCCGCCUCCACCUGCACAUGGCGGACCAGGAUAUGGCGCUCAAGGUGGCAGAGGGGGUCCUCAGUCAGGCAUGUACGGUCCAACACCGCCUCCGAAAGACGGUCAGCGGUAUGGCAACGACAGAGGAGACUACGGCGAUCCCGGACCUGGUGGCUACAGUCAAGGAGGAACCGGCAUGAUGCCUCCUCGAGCACCGUACGGUGACCCGCGGCAGUACAACACUCCUAUUCCCAAGGCUCGUCCAAACUUCUCGAAACUCGAUCUUAUCAAAUACGAUACGCCGUACCUCGGGCCCAAGAUUCAGCUUAUGCUGUCGCAGUUAGAGUUCAAGCUCUCGGUCGAGAAGCAAUACAAGGCUGGUAUUGAGAAGAUGGUCCGGCUGUAUCAAGAUGAGGGCGACCGAAAAAGCAGAUCCGACGCCGAAGGCCGCCGGAUCGAAAGUAACCAAAAGGUGCAACUGCUCAAGCAGGCUCUAAAAAAGUACACCGAUCUUCAUGUCGACAUCGACACAGCUGAAGGCGACGAUGAUAGUCUAAACGCUCCAAACAUGCGCAAGCCCUUGACAGGCCAUCUCGAAAUGAAAAUCCACGCCAUCAAAGAUGUUGAUCACGCAUCAACAUCACGAUUUUCGCGAGGUCCAGAAACAUUCAUCAUCGUCAAGGUAGAAGACAACGUCAAAGCAAAGACAAGAGCGAGCAGGAAUGACCGUUGGAUGGAGGAACACUUCAAUAUCGACAUCGACAAAGCUAACGAGAUCGAAUUGACCGUGUACGAUAAGGCAGGCGAACGACCAAUUCCGAUCGGGUUCCUCUGGGUCAGAAUAUCUGAUAUCGCCGAGGAAAUGCGACGAAAGAAGAUCGAAUCGGAAUUCCAGCAGCAGGGAUGGGUCUCCGCCGAUAAAAUGGCCAAUGGCGGUGGCAGCAUGGGCUCUGGCGGCAAGCCAAUGUCGGACUUCCAAGCACCACCGACAGCACCCUUCAUGGCACCGGGAGACGCAGCUGGUGCCGGCACAAUGUCUGGUAUACCUCAACAAACGAACAGUCAAGUCCAGAUCGAGACCUGGUUCUCACUGGAGCCGGCGGGUCGCAUCCAUCUUACCAUGGCCUUCCAGAAGCAGACUGGAGCGCGACGACCGAUGGAUCUUGGCCUGAACCGUCAAGGUGCCGUCCGUCAAAAGAAAGAAGACGUCAUCGAGAAGCAAGGUCACAAGUUCGUCAAGCAGCAAUUCUACAACGUUAUGCGCUGCGCGCUGUGUGGAGAUUACCUCAAGUAUUCGGCUGGCAUGCAGUGUAUGGAUUGCAAGUACACUUGUCACACCAAAUGCUAUCCCAAGGUCGUCACGAAGUGCAUUAGUAAGGCUUUAUCCGAAGUCGAUCCGGACGAAGAGAAGAUCAACCACCGCAUUCCCCAUCGCUUCGAGAACUUUUCCAACAUCGGUGCCAAUUGGUGCUGUCAUUGUGGCUAUUUGCUACCAUUAGGCGCAAUAAAGCCAAGAAGUGUACUGAAUGCGGUCUGA